GUUGGAUUUCAGUCAUCAAAGUCACAAAAGCUUUCAUCUACCUCCCUCUCACAUAUUCUUACAACUUGCCACAGAUUUACGGACAAUGGCCAUCCGAAAGAUGCUGCGACGAUCCUUAUCCGGUGAAAGAAGAUCAGCAGCUGAAGUUCCAAAGGGACACUUGGCUGUUUAUACGGGCAAGAAUGAAAAGAAGCGGUUUGUUAUUCCGGUGUCGUACUUGAACCAUCCUUCCUUCCAAGAAUUGUUGUUUCAAGCUGAAGAGGAAUUCGGGUUCCAUCAUCCAAUGGGUGGUCUCACUAUUCCGUGCAGCGCCGAUAUAUUCAUCGAUCUCAUGUCUCAAAUGAGCAUAGCAUAAUAAUGUAUACAUGGAUACUAUAGACACACACACACUUAAACAUAGUUGGGUGGAUUUAGUUCUUAAUUUGUCCUGGCUUCCAUCCUUUCUUACACUUAAGGAUUUUUUGCCUGGAACAGAAACACUUGUAAGGAAUUGUAGUUAGGAGAAAUAUAUUACAAAGGAAAAACACUCGUUGUCCAAUGUGAUUUGGGCAAUUUAAUUUAUUCAAUUCCUUUUCCAUAAACCAUUGUUUGAUUAUUCAAAUGUUCCUCUCAGAAUAUUAGUUUCUAA